CACAACGCAUACGUCAUUAAUGACCCCAAUGUACAACCCCCUCAGUGACUCACAGUUGGUUGGUUGCUUUCGGCGCCCGAGGGGGUCAUCACUGGCUGGGAAGAAAUCUGAAGCAGAAGUGUUUGGAUAAGUUGGUGUGUAUUUAAAUAUUUCUGCAAGCUAGGCUUUUGGAUCUCAAAGAAUCGGCGGAGAGUUCUUUCGCCACUGUGUCUCUUCCGAGAGAUGGAGCUCCAGCGCCACUCUGUGGCCAUUUUGUGCGUACUGUCCUGCUUCCUGACCCUGGGUAUGAGCUACCCAGACCCCAGGCAGAGGGAAGAGUUGAUAAAGAUGGAAGCCUCCAUGCGCAUAGGGGGAAAUGUUAGCCUUUCGCCGGAGGAGCAGCAGCUGGAUGCUCAUCUAAGCAAACUGAUGCUCGAGGAGAUGGCAAGAGAAGACUUCCUUCCUGCCUUACAUUUCUUCAAGGCCAGGCCUCUGAUCAGGAGCAGCCCCAUCUACGGCCUGCUGCAGAAGAUGCCCAAAGGGGCUGCGCUCCAUGUCCAUGACUUUGCAAUGGUCGAUGUGGAGUGGCUGGUGAGGAACGUGACUUAUCGACCCCACUGCUACAUCUGCUACACUGAUGACCGGUCGGUCCGUUUCUACUUCUCCUCUGGGCUGCCGAAACCGUUGUCAAACUGCUCUACCUGGACCCUGCUGGAGCAGCUGAGGGCCAAGACGGUCAACGUUACAGACCUGGAUGACAGCCUCAUGUCCUACAUGACCCUCUGGACCCUGGAAGACCCAGAGUUGGCCUAUCCUAGCCUGACCGUGGUCUGGAAGAGGUUCGAACAGGCCUUUAAGGCCACCUGGGGCCUGGUGACCUACGCGCCUGUCUUUAAAGACUACUUCCAUGAAGGCCUUUUGCAGUUCUACAGAGACAACAUUCUGUAUGUGGAAGUGCGUGCUUUACUCCCUGAGACGUACGAGCUGGACGGAAGUACCCACGACACAGAGUGGACUAUGAAGACCUACCAAGAUACCGCGCGGCAGUUCGUGGAAGAGAACCCAGACUUCUUCGGAGCCAGAGUCAUCUUCACUGUAAACAGGGAGAUAUAUCCAGCACUGCUCACCAAGGAGGUGCAGAAGGCCAUGAAGUUACAAGUGGACUUUCCUGAGACGAUGGCUGGGUUUGACCUUGUGGGUCAGGAGGACACUGGCCGGCCACUCUGGGAAUACAAAGAGGCCCUCUCUCUACCAGCUUCUCAGGGCUCCAAUCUCUCUUAUUUCUUCCAUGCCGGAGAGACUGAUCUGCAGGGCACAAAGUCGGACCAGAACAUGUUGGAUGCUUUGCUCUUCAACACCUCCCGCAUCGGCCAUGGCUUUGCUCUUUUGCGCCACCCGGUGGCCAAGAUGCUAUCCAAGAUGAAUGCGGUGCCUCUGGAGGUUUGCCCCAUCUCAAACCAGGUCUUGAAGCUGGUCAAAGAUCUGCGUAACCACCCAGCUGCGGCGCUGAUGUCAGAGGGGCACCCGUUGGUGAUCAGCUCUGAUGACCCCUCCAUGUUUGGGGCCAGCGGUCUCUCUGAUGAUUUCUACGAGGCGUUUGUGGGAUUUGGAGGACUGAGCAACCAUUUGGGCACUUUAAAAGAGCUUGCCAUGAACUCCAUUAGGUACAGCUCCUUGCCACCAAAUCUGCAAGAAAAAGCCAUGGCCUUGUGGCAAAGAAAAUGGAACAAAUUUGUGACUGAAAAUCUAUAAUCCAUCUCUUUUUUUUUUUUUUUAUCCAUUGAAUCACGUGAUGCCUUGUUUACUGCCGUCAUGGAAAAGGGAAUAAUGACAAGCGCAAUUGUAAACUUGUCUGAUAUAAUUUUUGUUUAUCUAUCAGGGAUGAACAGUAAACAGAAUAAAACGGUAUCUGGAGGAGGCUGCACAGGGCAAACAUGAUAAUACAGUAUCUGGGUGAGGCUGUGCCCCUCAGGUGCAUUGGGUAACCAGGGCACACAGAAUGAACCCAACAGUGGAGGCAAGGCUCCGACAUGUCCGCACGUAACACCUGCUCAGCCAGAAACCUUUAGGUAGACUGUCAAAUAAACUGGUUUAAAAUACUGAAGUACAUAGACGCCCCAUUGACAUUUA